UUGUUGUGUAUUAGUGCUGCACAUUCGUCUCUGGCUAAAACCAUUUUCCCCGCAUUAGCCUUUAGGUCAUCCCGGUCGGUUGCCCUUGCCAGCUCUUCGCGGAAUUCACGGGAAAAUUGCAAGUUACGUGGAUUGACUACAAAUUACAAUUUCCAGCAAACGUUGAGAAACUCAUUUUUGGAGGAGGCAGCCGAAGAUCCCCAAGAUGAAUGUUGCUCAGGUACUCCACUCUGUUUAUUAGAACAAAGUGAAUAUCUGUAUGAACAAGGAUUUUAUGGGGAACAUGAAUUGUAUCCCAAGCAUUUCCCAUUAAAUACAGAAGAAAUUAAUGCAAAGGAAGAAGGUAAAGAGGUACUUUUCAGCCAACCUCCUCAGAACCUCAUUGGGACUCCAAAAUUUGAAAUGAGAGGUUCAGAGGAAGCAUCAACGGGAACAGUUUUGCAGCGCCUAAUUCAAGAGCAUUUAAGACAUGGAAAUCCACAUGAGAACAUGAACCUACUGGCAAUACAGCAGCAAGCCACAGGGAACACUGGGCCAACCGACAGCAGUGGGAGCGCACACUCGUCCUCAGAGAACCUCAUGCAGGAAGAUCCACAAAUGGUCCAUCAGUCAGCACGUCAAGAACCUCAAGGGCAAGAAAAUCAGGUGGACAACAGUGUGAUGGAGAAGCAGGCACGGGUCACUCUAGCUCAGCAGAGUAUUGAAGAACUACCAACCUAUGAGGAAGCCAAAGCACAGUCUCAAUUCUUCAGAGGGCAGCAACAAAUAUUGGUUGGCACUAAUUUCUAUGUUGCAGGGAUCACUAAUCAAAAAACAAAAACUGAGGGGAGACCUACAGUUAAUCGAGUAAGCUCUGGGCAGAUACACAAAGAUGAAGCAUUAAAAGAACUUAAACAAGGUCAUGUUCGUUCUCUUAGUGAGCGUUUAAUGCAACUUUCUCUGGAAAGGAAUGGUGUAAAGUCACAUCUUUCUGCCUCAAAAAACAGUCUCCCUUCCCAACAAACAAAUAAAGCCUUCAAAAAUGGAGGACAACAAUCUACUCAAACCCUGUCAAAGGGUGUAGAUCCAAGAGGUCCUCCUCCAGAAUAUCCUUUUAAAACCAAACAAAUGUUGCCAAUGCUUAAUCAAUCUCAUGAGCUUGCGAAUUUUUAUAAUGAUUCACACUCUCCAAAUCCUCAGGAAUUGCUUAAACCAUAUCCUGGAACUCUAGCAAUUAGACAAGAAGCAACAAUCCUAAGAUAUCAGUCACCACCAGAAUAUGGAUCAAACAGGCAAUGCCACACAUUUUUUCAAUCAUUGCCAUCACAGGACCACAGCCCUAUGUCUUUCCAGAGCUCCAUGGGAAAGAAUAAGUUGCAACUUGCACUUUUGCAGUCAGCUCCUCCUCAGGUCCAACCAGAUCCUGUGUCAAACCAGCAACUUUCAGUUGAUGCAGUCGCAAUUGUGGCAAGGGCUCAGCAGAUGGUGGAGAUACUAUCAGAAGAAAACCGUGCCCUUCGCCUAGAACUGGAGGACUUCUAUGAAAGAAGUACAAAACUCCAAAAGUUUGAAAUGGAAAUUUGGCGGAUCUCAGAGGCCCAUGAAAACUUGGUGAAGUCCACCACCAAACGAGAGACAUUGGAUAAAGCCUUGAGGAAUAAAUUGGAAGGCGAAAUACGAAGACUAUAUGACUUCAACAGGGACCUUAGAGAUCGCUUGGAGACUGCCAACAAGCAGCGGGCAAGUCAAGAGUAUGAUAGUACUGAAGAUAUCAUGACAAUAGAGGGCCACUAUAUAACACAGAAGCACUUGAAGGAAGAGGAAAAGCUGGAAAUGGAACUGGCCACAAUGCGUUCAGCCAAUGAGGAUCAGCGGAGGCGCAUUGAAAUCUUGGAUCAGGCAUUGAACAGCACCCAAGCCAAGGUGGUCAUGUUGGAGGAGGAGUUGAGGAAGAAACAAGUGUAUGUGGAAAGGGUAGAACGGCUGCAACAGGCCUUGACACAGCUGCAAGCAGCCUGUGAAAAGCGGGAACAGAUGGAACGGAGGCUACGUACUCGGCUGGAACGAGAGCUAGAAUCUCUUCGAGCACAACAGCGACAUGGAGGCCCUGUUUUGGCUAACGUUCCACAACAUAAUACUCCAGCAUUGAUGGAGUUAUUAAGGGUAAAGGAAGAACGAAUCCUGGUCCUGGAGGCUGACAUGACCAAGUGGGAGCAGAAGUAUUUGGAAGAAAGGGCAAUGCGUCAUUUUGCUAUGGAUGCUGCUGCUACAGCUGCUGCUCAGAGGGACACCAAUAUAAUAAAUCACUCUCCAAAUAGCAGCUACAAUGAUAGUCCACUGGAAGUACGAAAUUGGAAUGAGGAAGAGGAGAAUGUGCAGUCAAAUCAAAGAUACCAAGACACAGAGCAUGGGGUAGGAGGCUUCAACUGCAUUUCUAACAGAAUAAAAAACCUUCACGCACAGCUUAUAGAGAAGGAUGCCAUGAUAAAAGUACUCCAGCAACGUUCUCGAAAGGAGCCAGGAAAAUUGGAGCCUGGAUCCCUGAGGCCGGGAAAAUCAAUCUCAUCUAUAAAUGGAAACACUGUACUGCAUUCUCACUGGGCAUCCCUGAGUAAUGAAGCAAAGGAGGAUAAGAGCAGGAAGGGAGGUGUAGGCUUGCUUCAAAUUAAAGACAAUCCGGAAAAUUCUUUGCACACCUCACUUCAAAUGACUGCAACUUCACUCCCAGUGGUUUCCACACAUAUUAAAACUGGCAGUAAGGAUAGCAGUACUCAGACAGAUAAAAGUCCUGAACUGGUCCGUCCAAGUAGUGCCCCAAUCCACGGAAGGAGAAGGCUCAGCACAACCCCCAUCAGCAGCCCCAGUGUGAGACCGAAAUCAGCACGAAGCAACGCAGAAAAAUUAGGAGAUUCUUCCAUCAUUCAUAUCAAAUCACACGACAGCAAAGGAAGAGGCAGCUAUUCCUUCCACAAACCUGACUUUGAUGAUGUAGUGGAAAUCCUCAUUUAACAACGGGAAGUUGCGGCUGUACAGUCCAUAAAUGAUCAAAACUUGCACUAAAAGCUGGAGAAUCAAGUGUAUGGAUCUUCAGAAGUUGAGGACUUCUUUUUAAAUAAGGCAGAAACUGUUUGGAAGUAGAAAUUACAAGAAGGAUUUUGUAUCUAGAUAUAUGCAAAAUGGAACAUGAUACAAAUAAGUUGGGAAUGUAAAGAGGAAGAUGAGUGGAUGAGAGUGGCAGAAUAUGGUGGGUGUUUUGUUUGGAAUGCAUUUGAUGGGCCUGUAAGCUUAAAAGAUACAAGCUAAGAGCAGAGUAUUUUCAAUACUCUGACUCAUAUUGAUAUAUCUGUGCAUUAUUUUCAAUUCAUAUAGAAGCGGUUCAGUAUUCUUUUGGCUCUUUGGCACUUCUGCUGAAAACAAUGCCCACGUGUACACAGUACACAGUAUAAAGUAGCAUCUUUAUUGCUUUUCAAUAUUCAAUUGGAAUAUAAACAGGCAGAUGAAUAAAUAAUAUCCUGCCACUAAUGCAUAGUGUUUAUCUGCUAUUUGUCUACUUUAGAAUUUUGCUGGUAUAAUUCUAGAAGCAUUUCACAAAAGGUUGAGUCCUGCUUUCUAUGAACUCUAAAUUCAGUAUAUAAACAUCAUUUGAGGAAAGGUCACUACUGCAGUGAUGGACAAUAUUUCAUUUUAAAAGCAGACCAUUUGGAAAUACUUUAACCUCAUAUAUCUAUAGGCAAUCUUUCUAACACAUAAUAUGUGCACAACUAAAACAAAAGUAGAAAAAAAAAUAUAGAGUAACAGAAAUUGAAGCCAGGGCACAAGCUCCUCAUAAAAAUGAGUCAUUGGCAUUGCACAUCACUAUAUGACUGAUAACCACUACAGGUUCUCAGAUUACAACAGCAUUUAUUCUGUGAUAUAAUGAAUGGUCAAUCUCACUAAUUCUGGUUAAGUAAAAUAUUAUUUGUACAAAUACUGGAUUGCUUUAGACAAUGGUGAAUCUAAAUACUUACUGACAAACCGUAAAUAUCAGGAUUGUUUUCUGUACAUACUAUCGAGCAGUUAAAGUGAUUGUAAUGACAGUUAAAGUAAUAAUUACAUUUUCCCAGGGCACCAUAACUCAUGUUUGGCAUAAAAAUUGAUACUUACAUUUAUAGUAAACUUGGGGCCAAAUUGAACCAGCUGUCUGCAGUGAAAUAUGUUUCAACCUGAAAAAUAUAAGAAGCGGAGUUUCUGUUAAAAUUCAGAACUACAGUACAUAACAGACCAUAUGGCAAUUUACAGAGUAUAGCUAGAUAUUCUCUAGGUCAAAUUGCAUCAGUUUGUAAUUUUCUAUUCUUAUGAUCUGUGCAGAAUGUUAAAAUGAAUAUCCCAAAUCUGUGUUUAUAUUGAGCAUGUUGACCACCCAUCUGGUGAAAAGCUGCCCGCUUUGCCACACUAAUUGAUGCUAUUCCUUAUCCAACUGAGCCAAAAGUAGGCUGAAAACAAGUUAUGUGGCCUGGUCUAAUUGCAUCUAUUUAAAAAGUAGUGGAAUUUCAAAAUGUAGACCCCAAAAGAUUAAACAAUUCCUUAGUUUGCAGAAAAAAAAGUUGUUAUAGAACUAAUUCUCCAGUAAAUUUCAUGGCUAAUGUCAUUAUUUCUAAACGUGCAGAUUUGCAUUUUAGUCCAGAGCAUCAAUAUAUUGAUUAAGAGCUCUGACUUCUAUCAGUUUGUCGAAACAAAAAAAAUCAUUGCUUGAUUGACAGCUCAAGCUUUUUUUUAUUGCUGGUAUCUGUUUUGUCAAUGCUUACUUAUACAAGAUAAAGAGUACUUUUUUAAGGUCUGGUCGAUUGACAUUUUUAUAGGGUUGUAGUGAAGAAAGUUGAGUGACUUUUUUUAAGCUUUUCUACACAUGCCAUUAUUAAUCUAGAGUUUAUUGGUUCUUUAGCAUUUGCACUGGUUGAAUGAGCAUGAAAAUGCUAAGUGUUGGCAUGGAUGGGACAUGGGCGGAUCAUGAGUGUGAGGGAUAGGGGGAAUAUUAGUUAAGAAAGUAACCAGGACCAAGUGCCAAUAAACUAAGGUGGGUCUUUUAACCAGCUUGCUUUAACACUUAAAUAAAAGCAAAAUGCUGCAGAUGCGCAUAAUCUGAAAUAAAAGCAAGGUUUGGGAGAAAUUCAGUGGGUCUGGCAGUACCUGAGGAGAGAGAAACAUUUAUUGUUUUGAUUCUGAUUGAAAAAAUAUAUUGGACCUGCUAGGUUUCUCCAGCACUUUUUGUUUUUAUUCAACUUUGGUACUUGGUAGCUUCCAAACUAUGUCCAUGCAGGCCUGACUCCAUCCCACAUACACUCUUCAAAAUGAAAACUACACCAGUUGGGAGAUAUUUGCCUCAAAAUCAAGCAACCCAUUUCAAAGAUAAAAGCCUGGUCCAGGGUUACAACAGAAUGCACUUUGAGGUUAGUUCUAAACGCUGCUUUAAGAGCAGAGCAGAGGAAAUGUUACAUCUGAUUAUGGUAUGUACAAUGGGGACGGGAACAACAUUUAUGAUGCGCAAACCACAAAAAUUUUAUUAAUCUAGUUCUUCUUUAACUGAAAAAGGUCAUGGCCGUCCAGUAUAUUUACAAUAUUUGAUUGGAUUGCUUUUCGGAUUACAUUUUCUUUUUUAUUUAGUUAUUUAAAACGGAAUUAUUUAAUGGUUCCUUCAGUGUAUGCCAAAUCCAUUGUUGUUAGUACAUUUAGACAUUGCUUGUGAGAUCAGACAAUACAGCUACCAUUUCUGAAAGUUUACACCUGACUGGUCAGAAACAUGUUUUCUGUUUCCACAAAUCAAAACAUAUUAUUUGCACUCAUAUUUCUAAUAUAAACCCUUAGAUGAGAUUUAAAUAUGUGCUUGGAGUAUACUGAUGUUAGAAGUGGAAAUUCAUAUGUAAAUUAAAUUUAAACUGGUGAUAACAAUUAAGUUGAAUUUUUGGUAGUGUUGAAAAUUAGGAAAGGAAUUUUAUCAGGAUUAUGAUUUACAUUACACUACCUGUAGGUGGCACAAAGAUUGUGCAUGCACAGAGAAAAGGCUCACAACAUUAAUGAGCAAUGAAAACUAUCAGCCAGUCUCAAAGAUGGUGUUGCAGGAAGUCUGUGUUUAGAAAUGUUCAUCAGUAUUUUACAUUUAUUUAAGAAAAUAAAAAAAAGAGCACAGCCAAAUGGAGGUUGGAUCAUGCUCCUGGUGUAAGCCUCCUCCUGCUUCUGUGCUUGCCCUUGAUUCCAUUGGGCCCCCAGCCCCUACCUCAACACAUCCUCUGAUGGUGACAUGUGGAAGGCAGUGACACCAUUAGAGCAUGUGUGGUCACUUCCUGUGGCUUGACCUGUCACCAUCAGUGACAUCACCAGCAAUUUUGCCACUGUGAAUAAUCACUGUCAUCUCAGCAGCAUUUAGGAAAGCUGGAGGGUUGUGGAGUUUAGGGAAAGGGAUGCUACAUGGUAAUAGACAAUUAUUAAAAAGGAAAUCAAAGGUACCAGUCAUGGCAAAACUAAAAAUCUACUAAUUAACUUGUGGACUUCAAAAUCAUAAGAGCUAGCAAAAUAUAAUUGGUUAAGUAAGACAAUGUGCACCAUUUUAAUAAAGUGCUAUUGUCUACUAGCAUUUAGCAAUGCUGAACAAGUAGGAAUGGUGGUGCACACUAGAAGACAUCUCAACCCCCAAAAUAGUGUUUAUAUGAAUUGCCCACAUACUCAAAUUAUAUCCCCUUCCACGGGAAUUUUAACAUUAUGUAUCAUGCAACCAGGUGGAGAUUUGGUAAAAUUACAGUUUCCAGUUUUGCUGAUUAGGUCUUAACCUAUUUGCUGUCCGCAUCCUUCCAUCUGCGUCUGUUGAUAAAGGUAAAGCAAAUCAAAUUUGUUCAGUGUGACUUGCUUCUAUUUACUGAUGGCUAAAGAGACACUUUGUAUUUGUAAACUGGGUGAAUCAGUAGGAAACUCCAAGCUAUAUGGUCCUAAAAUGGUUAGAAAUUUUACCAAUUGAAUCAGGAGGGUAGGGAUAGAGUGCCUAUUAUAGUCAAUGACAACUUCCAGUUCAAUCAAGGGCAGGUUAGGUCCUCAACCAGGUCAACUAGAAACGAAUUUAAUGACAUCCUCCUUGCCUCAACUAUUGUUCUACCAAAUGCAGAGAGGCAAGUAUGUAAUGUGAUGACACUGUUCAGCAAAAGUUGGUGGCCUCAUUGCAAGCUAGGGUGGGCGGGCAAGUUCCUGAUCAGACAUUUUUGGAAAACAUCACUGCUUGACAAAAUUAAUUAUCUAACGUGGAAUGUAAUUAUAUGGAACUUAUGGAAAUGAUUAGGACAGGGUUCCUGCUGGCAUUCUGGCUGGUGCACAGGGUAACCAUUAAAUUGAGUCUGCAAUUUUGAUAACCUAUUGACAUGUGGUCCUUGUCAGCUCAAUAUUUCACUCAUACAUCGUAUCCAUUUUAAAAGGUGCUUUUAUUUUAAGCAUUUAGUUAUUUUCUUAUUGAAGAAAAGUGCAGCAUUUUCCAGAAGCCUGAUUUUGGCUAUGAUAUUAUACACUUGCUGAUGUUUACUUUCUAAUUGUUUGCUGAGUUCAUUCCUGACAGCACUUUGUAUUAUGUUUGGCUGCCUUAUGUAAAAAUGUCUGAGUUAAUUGAUGCAGUUGUGAACAAACUUAUUGUUAGGGAGAAGAAAGGCAAUGGCUGGCCAGUGCUGUACAGGUAGCUGAUUAUAUCAAGGGCAUGUUUUUGUAUAGUUCUCAAUGGGAGAGAAAUGACUUGAUGUCACAAAGAUGUUUCUCAACAAAAGUGUCUUUUUUUUUGUCUUCCUUGCUUCAUUUUUGAAUAUUUUGCUUAUUGUACAUAAUAAAGACACCAUAUUUGAUACAUUG